AUGGAGCCCUCUCUCAACGCAACGCUUCUCACCACAGCGCAGGUUCCUUGCAGUGAAGGGUCGCGAGCAGAGACGUGUCCACCGCUGUACGCGCACACGCAGAACCCGCCCCGCGCCGCAAAGCGCGCCGCGUACUGCGACUUUGUGUGCCGCGUCGACAUCCUCUGGACGAUUCUCUUCUUCGUCCUCCUCUUCAGUGUCGGCCUCUGCACUUCUGUCGUCACACAGACACUCCUAUCCACCGCGGUGUUCGAAUCAUGGCACAAGCUGCACGCCCUCCACGUGAACGUCACCAGCAAGCAGCUGAGCCAGCAGAUCAGUGCCGCGUACGGCCUUGCCGUCCACAUCCUACCGCUGCAAGUACGCUACCCAGUCCUGAUGCAGUCCGAGGACACACUUGCAACACUCUGCGCCCUCCUCACGGCGUACGACAAGUACACGUCCUUCGACACAUUAUCAGUCACCUCCCUCACACUCCAAGAGGCAAUCGCCUGCAUACAUGGGUUCACUGAUGACGAGUCGACGGACAGUCUCGCCGGGUACGUAUCCUACAACCACACCGUCAACGCCACCUACUACGUCGACAAGGACACCUACCACUUCCAGCGUCCGCUGCGCGCGGCGAUGGUGUGGCCAUUUGCUGCACGUAACGUGUCGAGCAUUAUAAACGAGAGCACGAGCAUCGCCCCCAUCUCCAGGGCCACCCACAACCCGAGCAUCGGCCACCGCAACGCGUGGCGUGUGCAUCCCAUUCUGCCGCACCUCAUGGAGAUGGAAGUACCGAUCGGCAUCGAGUACAGAGACCCCCUAGCGCCGGAGAUUACCUCCACCGACUAUGUGCACCUGUACAUCAACGCCUCGAGGCUUCUACGUGAGCCCGACGGGACGCAGCGCGCAGGUGCCCGCAUUGCGCUCCUCAUCAGCCAAAGCCUCGAUACCCCCGACCCCACCAUCAUGUCGAACAACUGGGGCCAACAGUCGAUCCUCAACUCCACCAUUUACACACCGUUGCUCAGCACCAAUGUCACCUACCUCAAGGUGAGCGAUGUCCGUGACCCACUCAUGCGCGCUGCACUCAAGUACGUCGACCUCACAGCGCUGCAGAACGGGGUCAGCAGUAGCACUGUUGAAUUCCAGCACGACGGCGCACCUGCCAUAGUUACCGCAUGGACCUGCACGACGUCUGGAGGCCUCUCUCUACCUCUCAUCUAUGCCAGCAUGCAAACGAGCAUCACUAUGCCGCUGACGCGCAUUCGCCACAUCAACAACGGAAUCGUAGCCUUCACAGUGCUCCUCCUCACUCUCUCUUUUUGGUAUCUUAUCCACCGCACCGUCUCGAAGCCCCUCAGCGGCGUGCAGGCGAGCCUGUUUGCCAGCGUCAAGCACGGCGGCCGUCAGCUCUACCACGCUGGAGGCAGCAAGUUGAUUCGCUUUGCGGAGUUUGAUGCGCUCAUCCAAGCACACAAUGAAACGAUGAAGCAGCUGCGCAAUGUCGACGCCUUCGUUCCGGAAAGCCUACGACAGCGCGUCACGGACAGCACGGCCAGCCGCAGGUAUGACAGCCCUGCGCAGCGCUCCUCGCGCCCCUUAACUAAUCGGAGGCGCCGAAAACUAAAAGCCACGAAGCUGUCUUUACACCUCUCGACCGUCGUCUAUGUUUCGACGACUCCUAUCGCAUCUCACACCACCGCCCAAAGCUCGCCCCAUUCAUCACCUUUCUCCGAAGAGCAGGAGCCUCUCCAGAUCCGUGGCCAGCGACUCAUCGCGGCGGCCGAGAAAACGGCACACGCAGCCAACACCGCCAACAGCGGCCCCUUCCCCACACCGGCCGCACUCACCGCAUUCCUCACCGCCGUGCAGGAGCUGUGCCGCACGCACCACGGCACGCUGCAUCGCGUCUGCCCCGACGCGUGCGUGCUGCACUUCCACAGCGCCGUGCGCGCACACCUGCCGCGUGGACAGGGAGCAGCGAGUCCGGCGGCCGCGCCCACCAUGAGGCACGGCGUCCCCGCCGCACAGCCGGCACCGCAGCCGCAGGCCCUCGCGCCGCCGGAGGAGACGUGGCGCCACGCCGCGCAGGACGCACGCCGCGCCGCUGCCUUCGCGCUGGACCUGGUGAGCUGGGUGGACGCACAGGGCGGCAGCGGCGCCAGUGCGCGGGGCGGUGGUGCGUCGCCCAUGCCGGACGUGCACGCGCUGCUGGACACGAGCCUGUUCACGUGCGGGCAGUACUGCCCCGCCGGCAGCGAGCAGACGCUACAGGUGGCGCUUGGCCGCGACGUGCAGCGCGCGCUGGGCCGCGUGCCGCAGCGCAUCGGCGUGCGCGUGGCCGUGACGGAGGAGACGGCGACGCUGCUGCGCGCGGAGGUGCGCCGCAGGAGCCGCGGCUGCGGCACCGUGGACCACGGCGUGCGGCUGAUCCCCGUGGAUGUGCUGCGCACGGGCCGCGCGGGGCUGGACAGCGAGGUGGUGGUGCUGUACGAGGCGCUGCCCGGGCGCGUGGUGGGCGACGCGGCGUGGCAGCGGUACGCGCGCUGCUGCUGCGACGGCUUCGCGCACAUGCUGCGCGGCGACUACGCCGGCGCGCUGAACGCCUACCGCGGCGUCGCCGAGAUCGAGGACCUGGAGCCCGGGCUGCUGCCGCCGAGCAUGCGUCGCGAGGCGGCUGCCAGCGCCGCGACGGGCGGCGCCGCGUCGGAGCAGGUGGGGCGGCUGGUGCGCGAGUGCGAGCACCGCGUGCGGUGGCGCAUCACGGAGCCGCUGUGCAGGACCAGCACUAGGCCGUUGAACCUCAGCCAGGUGUUGAGUAAGAGGCCUUCUGAAGACGUUGUUGAAGGAGGUCAUCCUGAAAGUGUGCACGAGACUGCAAGAGAAGUGGAGAGAGGCGUUACGGAAGGGCGUCAAAGGCUGUUCAUUGGGAGAGCCGUGCGGGACUCCAGAGAAUUUUCGAACUACCCAGAGAUUCACGACCGCAGCGUUGUGUACCUUCAGGAGAGGCAGAUGACUCUCCGGUGCGUGCUACCCUCGGCGCCCAGGUGGAUCCGUGACCAUAUGGGACUGUACUGGCAUCUGUCACGCCGCAAGGGCGAGGGUGAGGGGAUCCCAGUCUGGCAGGGCAUGCAGAUGGCCCUGGGCUCCGCUGGCUUCAUCGCAUCGGUCAGCUUUUUCACGUUCCGAGACGUUCAUCCUGUGGUGGCCAAAACCAUUCGCGAUGCGCCACCGGGUCCCAUGUCCGACACACUGCGCAGCGCCACCCCUGUAUGCGGGCCUUCUCCAACCCAAGAGGCCUUUAUGAAAGCUGUCCUUGUCAAGUACCAAUACCUCCGCCAUCCCAACAUCAUUUCCCUUAUCGGGUACUCCCACUCGCUGGAGGGUGGCGUGGUACUGAUUUGGGAGUUCAGCCCUGGUGGGACGCUGCGAGAGCUGCUAAACAGGUACGGACGGCUGCCGACAAUCACAACUAUCCGGUUUGGGUUGCAGGUGUUGUCCGCAUUGUCUUUCCUUCACGAGCAUAACGUCGCACACGGCAACCUCAACCUUGACACUGUCAUGGUUGACUCGGACGGAAGCUGCCGCCUAGUCGGGUUGUACAUGCACGAGCGGAUCCCCUUCGUGCUUCCUGGGACGCACUACAUGAGCCCUGCCAUGGCCACCGGCACAUUACCCACACCCCCGUGCGAUCUCUUCUGCUACGGUCUUCUUGCCUUAGAAGCUCUCACUGGUGAGCCCUGCUGGAGGUGGACAACGAAUGAAGACGGACAGCCAUUCGGCACUAUUCCAGACUUGUUGGUGCUCAUGCAGAACGGAGGGCAGGCGUUCUGUGAUGCAGUGGUAGAGGGGCGUGUGGUGGCCAACGCAGAGGCGUUCGACACACCAAUGUUUGCCGAGAAAUACAGCGAGCUCGCACGGAGCACGCUACGCUGCUGCGUGUCUCACACCCCGUCCAAGCGGCCAACUGCGGUGGAGGUGCGUAAUAUUGUCAAGAUACUCCUUAGCGAGGGGGGCCUCGCCUGUGAAGAGGACGAAGUCUGA